AAUAAUUUUGAAAAUUGUAUUUAAUCAUAUGGCAAUAUAAUAAAGUCUACUCAAAUCAAUAAUAAACCAAAGACAACAUCAUAUCGAUCAAUAAAAGACCACCAUCGACAACGUAGGUAGAAAAGCCUUCGCUGAUUUGCUUGCGUAAUUAAAUAUUUUUUUUUUUGCCUAAUAACAUGAUUGAAAAGGGGAAAAUGAUAUGCCACGACGUGAAUAAACCAGAAAAUGACGAAAGUCACAUGAUAAAAAUGUCAGAGAAAGAAUUACCGCAGAAUGGUGAUAUCGUCGAAAACAAUUUAAUUGUGGAAAUUGAGGGUUCUAAAGAGCGUAAGGUCAACGAAAAAAAUCUUAGCAUUGAAACCGAAAACAACGCGGUUUAUCCGUAUGGAGCGGGUGAUGAGUAUUUACUAUUCUUUCAAGAGGAUGAUCUGAGUGAAAAAAGGCUCAGUGAUGACGUCUUUGAGCUCAGUCGCAUUGCCAAGUACCUCCGUGGCGAAUCCGACAGCGAUGAAGACUGGAUUAACGAUAAAAGGGUCUUUGCUACUGUGGGCUUUGUUGAAUCCGGUUCGCCAGCUGAUGAGGCGGGUCUGCGUAGAAAUGAUCAGCUGAUCCAAUUCGGUUACCUGUCCGCCACAAACUUCAAUAAUAUUCAUCAAGUGCAGAAGGUCUCUAGAAGCAGUAUCUAUCGACCUCUGCCGAUUAAAGUCAAACGGGGCGAAGAAGAGCUUAAGCUUGUGGUCACUCCACGGGCCUGGGAAAAGGAGGGGCUGGUUGGCUGCCAGAUUAUAAGGUGUCUCUUUUAG